AUGGCACUGGACAAUCACCGUUUCUUCCACCUGAUGCUACAGCUCGAAUAUGAUCAUCGAGAGACAACGGAUCACUCAGUGGCUAAAGAGCUGCUCAAUCUGGACACACCCUGCUCGUGGCGACCACUGGAGGAAGCUGUUUGUCUCCGUAUCAUGAAGGAUUCAUUCGUCAAAAUUGUAACCUUCUUUAAUAGCGAGGACUUUAUUUCAAGUGGUCUGGAAAUUUGCGGCUGGCGCGAGAAGCGCAAACUCGUGGGUAACAACGUCACCUUUAUGUUACACAAGAUAUUUGCCAAAGACUGCAGUGAGGAACUGGCUACCCGCAGUUGGGAGAUGCGCGCUAUUCAGGACCAAGUGACGCGCUAUUUUGGUCACAGCCUUGACGUCAAGGUCGAGGUGCUCCAACGUUUUGAGAAUGACGUGGUGGUUGUGCGACGCAAGAUCAAGCACAUGGUGGACGGGUGGGUGCAUCACACCAUCUACUUGCUGUUCCGCACCAAGACGCCGGACGGACACCUCGUCUGUAUUCGGGAUAUGAACCCUGAGGAUGCGGACGACCUGUCAUUAUUGUCGGGAUCGGCUACCCUAGCGUCGUCGCAGUGUGUGAUCUGGUCGAAAGCCUUUAUAUGGUGGAAGUUCACCAAUUUGCCGGAAGUGGAAGGCCAGCUGCCCCGUGGUUUUGAGGUUGAGUAUGGAGGAUCACUCGGUUCUGCUACACAGACUGACGCUACUUUCUGGAUACAUGAAGUGAUACUACUGGCGCUGCGUUGGGAGAACUUGGUCGUUGGACCACUGAUCACGCUGGAUUAA